AUGGACGCUGCAGAGUCGCCCAAUGCUACGUCCGAGUCCGGAACCCUCAGCCCGGCGCACUUCGCCCACCACUCGCGCAAGCGGAAGCACUCGGGGUCCACGGACGACCGCCCUACCCGCGAGUAUGGCCUGAUGCGUGACACGGGCAGACAUGACACCUCUCGCUUCGUCGGCAGCGGCAGUGGCAUUCACUUCAUCCGCAGCGUCUACGUCAGGCUUGCCCGCAAGUCUGCUCUCAGGACGUCCCAGUCCAACAGCAUCAACGACCUGGUCCCGGGCGAGGAUGACCAGUUGCGUUCUGACGCCUCGUCUCGCGACGGUGACGAGCAGAAUCUCUGGCGAGCUCAUGAGCUGCUUCAGGACGCCGCUGACCCUCCUCCGUUCGAGCAGCUUGUCGACUGGUCCAAGAGCUAUUUCGAAGCCUGGCAUCCGACUCUCCCCUUUCUCAGUGCCCCGGAUGUCCUGGGUCUCUUCGAGAAAGUCAGUGCGGCUGGCGUGGCUUCCCUUGGCCACCUAGAACGAUCUAUUGUCAAGGCCAUACUAUCCAUUUCCCUGGCGGACAGUCGCCAGAGGGCUCCCUUUGCUCAACUAGUGCCGAGCUACCUCGUCUUCCGAACCGUGGAGGAGGCCAUGUUAGCCUCGCAGUUUGCCCUCUGCCAGCCGGCGUCGAUUCAGGCCACCCAGGCCGCGUUAGCCAUCCAGCUAUUCCUCGUCUCCAUGCUUCGACUGAAUUCGGCAUCCCGACUUGGUGGGCUGAUUGUGAGAAUGGCAUUUCACCUCGGGCUCCACCGAUGUCCUUCGAGAUACCCGUUCUUCACCAAGGAGGUGGCCCGCAUGCGCCGACGAGUGUUCUGGUGUAUCUACUGCAUCGAGAGGUUUCUCUGCCAGGCGCUCGGUCUCCCACUCGACAUACGAGACGAUGACGUCGAUGUCUGCUAUCCCAGCCAAGAGAGACACGGCGCUCCCUCCGACGAAAGCGAGGACGGCCGACUGCAGCUGCUUACGUACCAUGUGAAGCACGCCCGGAUACGAGGCCUUAUCCUGGAGCUGAGAAACAAGUCGAUCCACUCCAGGGAUGACACCGCGGAACGCGCGAGCUAUGUCCAGGCCGAGCUGGCUAAGUGGUCCAAUGAGAUUCACGACGCGGUCGAAGACGAAGUAGCGUAUGAAGAGAGUGCUUCCCCGCCGCCCAUAUCCUCGGGCCAUAGACUGUUUCUAUUAGUCUUGAAGUACGAAUCCAUGAUCUCUCUCAACAGACCGAUGAUGACUUCCGACCCCUCGAGCCCGGCCUACUCGACCGGCUUGCAGAAUUGCAUAUUCGCGGCCAAGUCCAUCUUCAUUGCGCUGAAGAAGUAUCAAAGCCAGAACGGGAUCCCGACUGAGCCAACGAGUCCGUGUUUACUCGAGCCCAUGCUUCAACCCUCUUUCACAUGGGCUGUCUGGAUCAGCGCUUUCAUUUUGAUAUACGCUGCCUUUGAAAGGCAACUGCCUUUGGGAAGUGCUCUCAAACACGUCGAGUCCGGCAAGCAAAUACUGCGUCACAUCGCUUCCCGAGACACCUCAUGGCCCGAAUACUGCCUCUCUGUCAUUGACGAGCUCACCGCCGCUGUGCGCGAGCUGUCUAUUCCACCAAAUCCGCUUCGCCAGCACCCAAGCACGGGUACCCCUAUGUCAAGCGGCCACCUGCACCACGACGCUGGGCGAUCAGCGCCACCCAGCAGCAGUUCGGACAGACCCAGGAAUUCUCACCCGCGCGCCCGGUUUUCUCCAUCCGUUGCUGUGUCUACGGGUCGGCCGGAUAAACAAGGCCUCGUCAGCCACGACAGCACCAGGUGGCCCCGGCAAAUCCAAAGCGACGGGGCGUCAACGGCGAAUGGCAAGUCUUCACGGCGGCCCGCGCAGACGUCGCCGACACCGGAUACGCCGGCUAACCCGAGAGGGACAGCCAGCACGCCCGGAGGCCAAUCUUGGUUCCAGUCGGCGGCUCGGCAAGACUCAUCUAGCUUCGACGCCCAACCGUUUUCUAUCUCAUCAGCCGCGGCUUCGUUUCCCUCGCCGUCUAUCGACGUGACCGAAACUAUCCCCGGAGAGGGGCAGGAGUCCAUGGUCUGGUAUGAUCAGCUGUUUGCCAAUUCGUUCGCCGCCCUCGACUACCCGUUCUUGGCGGCGGCGCAGUUCGAUUCCUCGGUGGACCCUAUGUGGUCCUACCUGAAAUAA